AUGACUCAAAAGGUUUGCACUAAUUUAAAAGAGAAACCUGUCCAGAAGACCUCCACAAAAGAAGAUUAUCCAAAGAACAACCAAAAAAGGGUGAAAAGUGCGGCGCCAAAGUUGUACCCAAACUCCCACCUGUUUACAAAGUGGGGCGAUGAUCUGUCAGAAGAGGAGCAGAAGGAGGCUGAAGCUCUUUUUCAGAUUUAUGGAUACAACGUCUUCCUCAGCAACCAGUUGCCCUCCAAUCGGAAACUCCCUGAUCUGAGAGAUCCAAGAUGUGUGCAGAUGAAUUAUCCCAAAGACCUUCCCAGCCUCAGCGUGGUGCUAAUCUACAUAAACGAGGCUCUUUCUGUAAUUAAGAGGGCAGUAAGAAGCAUCAUCACCCACACACCCAAACACCUGCUGAAGGAGAUCAUUCUGGUGGACGAUCACAGCACUUACAAUGAUCUUGGGAAACCUUUGUACGACUUCAUUGAUGAAGUUCACAAAGAAACGCCUGGCCUCAUUAAAAGAGUCUGGCACCCACAUCAAAUGGGUUUGUCCCAGUCCCGGAUCACAGGCUGGAAGCAGGCCACAGGAGAUGUUGUGGCUAUUUUAGAUGCUCACAUUGAAGCUACGCAGGGAUGGGCUGAACCUUUGCUGGCCAGGAUUAAAGCUGACAGGACCGUGGUGGUGUCUCCUGUUUUUGAUAAGGUCAACUACGAUGAUCUACAGGUGGAACGAUACGAAUCGUUUGCUCAUGGCUUUGACUGGGCUCUGUGGUGCAUGUACGAGUCCUUCGGACCAGACUGGAACGGGAAGCAAUCCCAGCCUGGAAAGAGCCCCUCUGUGAUGGGCAUCUUUGCAGCAGACCGGGGUUUUCUUGGAGAAAUCGGUGGACUUGAUGGAGGCAUGACAGUUUACGGAGGGGAAAACGUUGAACUUGGGAUCCGCGUGUGGCUGUGUGGAGGAAGUGUGGAGAUCGUGCCUUGCUCCAGGAUAGCUCACAUCGAGAGAGCGCACAAACCGUAUGCGCCGGAUCUCAGCCUAUCCAUGAGGAGGAACGCCUUAAGGGUUGCAGAUGUUUGGUUGGAUGAAUACAAGAAAAAUGUGUUUAUUGCCUGGAAUGUUCCUCUGAAGGACCAUGGAAUUGAUAUCGGCGAUGUGUCAGAGAGGAAAAAACUCAGAGAGAACCUGAAAUGUAAACCUUUUAGUUGGUACCUGGAGAACGUUUACCCGAGUCUGGAAAGAUGGGACAAUGUCUUGGGCUACGGAGUGCUGCAGAACAGCCUUUUUAAGAACCACUGCGUGGAUCAGGGAGUGAUUCCUGGAAACAUUCCAGUCUUAUACGAGUGCCACUUCCAAGAACCACAGCGGUGUUUCUACAACACAGAGAGGGAGAUCCUCAUCGGGAGGUUGAGAUCUCACAAAUACAGCAGCAACCGCUGCCUGGUGGAUCCAGGCUCAGGAAGCAUCCCCACUCUGCACGAGUGCAACGUGGCGAAGCUAAACCAGCUACACAUGCACUGGGACUUCACACAAGGCCGGGAAAUUAGGAACAUGGCUACGAAGAGAUGUCUGGAGAUCGCCCAGGGAGAAAACUACUACUAUCAGCUCAUCAUUCAGCCCUGCAGCAGCCAGAGCUGGACCAUUCAGCACCUCAUCACAACCUUCUAGCUUAGCAGACCUUUAAGACUGAUGGACCAGAACAACGGAAAUUAUACUCGUUUUACACCACAUAAUAAAUGUUGUUAACAUCAAUGGGAAAGAAGAAAUUAAGUAAUUUUGUUUGCAACUCGACUUUA